AUGGUGCUCUCUUUCAACGAAUUUUCUGCAUGGAUCACAAUUGAAGGACGCACUGUUGAUGAAUACAAGGCUGAAGGGUCUUCAAAGGGGGCAUCUUGUUGGAUACCCUCUGAAGCAGGUCGGCAAUAUCAGGUUUGCUGGCGAGACUCCAAGAAAAGUACCGCCACUGACGGACUGGUAGUCAUUGACGGCCAAAGGUGUGGCUCAAAGACGAUCUCUAAUGAGAAGGACAAGCCGGACACGGCUUAUAAGAGCGGAUUUAGAACCACAUCCAGCACAUUGCACCCUUUCCAGUUUUCGGCAAUUCUGACGACCGAUGACGCUGAUCGAGCAGACCCAUCUAAUGCUAAUGUCGGUGUUGUUGAACUUUUGAUUUUUCGAGUGAAGAUCAAGGGAGCUGAAAGUCAAAUACAUCGUGGACCACCGAAAGACCGAACUUACUACGAGAAAGAAGUCAAGGGCCUUCAGCAUCAUACAACAUUGGGGGAUCCUCAAAAGGGUAAAAAACGGGUGGCUGUAGGGCUUCGGCUAUUGUCUGAAGAUCCAGUCGCUCGUUUUCGUUUUCGCUAUCUGUCAAUAGACAGGUUACGGGCGGAUGGUAUAGCACCUCCUUCGGGAAUAAGAGCUUCGGAUCCAAUUGUUAUCCUGGACGAUGAUCAUGAUCAUGAAGAAGCAGAGAUCAAAAUUCCUCUCUCCAUUAAGGAGAAAAUCUUUGUCAAGGAAACCGUUCAGAACCCAGUAUCGUCAGAAGAUCUCAUAGUGAUCUCAGAGGAUGAAUCCGAAAAGGAUAUCAAACCCUUACCCUCAGACAUUUGGAAGACGACGACAGCCAGUGACAGGCGGAAGCGCCCCGUGCAGUCAUCGCUCAAGCAGGAUCUCAUUUCCGCACAAACCACUUCACCGGUAGAGCCCACCCGGAAAUCCAGAUCUACUUCCUUCAAACAGACGAAUUCUUCUGCCAUUGAACAGGAACCAGGCAACCUAGUUUCUCCUCCACAGUCAGUCAAAGUUAGUGUGGAAGAAAAAUUACCACGAUCGAAGGCUUCGUCAACAAUGAAAUCAACGCCUCUUUCCACAAGUUCUGAUGCUCUUGAUGGGGUAAAACGUGGGGGUUCUGCAGAGACGAUGAAACCUUCUCCCCCUUCGAACCAUGGAACUAAAUACCCUCGUGAUCCCAGGCUUACUCCAGUUCCAAGUACACGCCCCCAAAAAUUAGAUGUCAGCGAUUCGCCCUCCCGCCCAAAAGUGAAGAGAGAUGACCUCGUGUAUCUUGAAGAAGAGGUCCACAUGCCACAGUGUAAAUUUGAGGAGACUAUGCUAGGUUCUCCAUCAAGCCUCAAAGAAGAGUCCCAGAAGACAUCGCCAUCACUUUCAGUCCGACACACACCCAAGGCUCUGAGGAAGUCAACUUCAGAACGAAUCGUCGGACUGCCUAAAGCAGAACCCGAAUCGGCUUCCUUACACUCGGUGCAAACGUCCAAGAUUAAAUUCGAGGAACCGCCGGAAAUCAAGCACGUUCCCUCGAAACGAAAAAUCGAGGAAGCCUUCUCCCCUGAUUCCGAUGAAGAUAUCAGUCCUAGUGAAAGGGCGAUGUUAAAUGCAAAAAUAAACGCUCUACAGCCGGAUUGGAACUUUUAG